AUGACCCACCAGUUGAGAACACACCCACACCUGUUCCCCGACAUACCGUUCCUUCACUGCCCGCAAAAGGACUGCGAGUUUAAGUCUAAACACAAGUCGGCUUUUGCUAUACACGAGAGAAGUCAUACGAAGCCAUUCCAGUGCUCUGAAUGUGAGAAACGGUUCGGCACUAAGAAGAGUCUUACGGACCACUCGCGCACUCAUAACGAGUCACUGAAAUACCGGUGCGAUUGGCACGGGUGUGACGACACGUUUACUACACACGACGCUAUGAGAGAUCAUUUCAAUACGCAUACCGGAGCCGUGGUCUACCGGUGCGAGUGGCCGGGCUGUGAGAAGGAGUUCAUUCACAGGACUUCACUCAUUCAUCACCGACGGAGCCAUAAGUUGUCGGAAAAGGUUGACUACCGGUGCCAUUGGCCGGAGUGUGAGUACAGUACUAAAGACUCGCGGAAUUUGAAAACACAUAUCGAUAGACAUAAC